UCUUUUCUUGUUCUGACAGUAUUAGGAAGAGGUUACAGAAGAUGGAAAGUACAACAGCCAAGGCUAAAGCAAUUGUCAUGGAUUGCAAUAAUGUUGAUAAAAAAUUGAGACAGAUUCUUGACCUGACCGAGGACGAAGCCCACUUCCACAUGAAGCAGAGUGCCUUCCUCUAUCAUCUUGCAGUCCAGACCAUGCCCAAGAGUCACCACUGCCUGUCAAUGAGAUUGACUGUGGAACAUUUUAGAUCUCCCUUGCUUGAUAAGGAUCUCUUAGUAGCUGAGAGAUAUGUAAAUCCAGCAUUACAUCACUUUGUAAUCUUCUCCAACAACAUACUUGCUUCUUCAGUUGUUAUCAACUCAACUGUGAUGCUGGCAAAAGAAAGCGGGAAUCAGGUUUUUCAUGUUCUGACUGAUGGGCAGAAUUACUUUGCCAUGGAGCUAUGGUUUUCCAAAAACUACUAUAAGGAGGCCACCAUUCGGGUUGUGAACAUUGAAGAUCUUAAUCUGGACACCCAGGAUACUCCUACAUUGUUGGAUUUAUCAUUGCCUGAGGAAUUCCGUAUUUCUUUUCAAAGUGCUAGUAAAUCUCCUACAACCAAGCUGAAAACUGAAUAUAUCUCAGUUUUUGGCCAUUUACAUUUUCUUCUUCCUGAAAUAUUCAAGAAUCUGAAGAAAGUGGUAGUUCUGGAUGAUGAUGUUGUUGUCCAGCGAGAUUUAUCCCCCUUGUGGAGCUUUGACAUGGAAGGGAAGGUAAAUGGUGCUGUCCAGUUUUGUGCGGUGAGAUUGGAUCGGCUGAAAAAUUAUUUGGCCGAAAAAAGUUUUGACAGAAAUUCUUGCACUUGGUUGUCUGGACUCAAUAUAGUUGAUCUGGUGAGAUGGAGGGAGCUGGACCUUACUGAAAACUACCGGAGGUUGCUCCAAGAUCAACAGCGCGGCAGCAGGGAGGAAUCACUGAGAGCUGGAUUAUUGCCUGCAAGCUUGCUUACAUUCCAGAACCUGGUUUAUCCUCUGGACGGUUCAUGGGCUUUGUCAGGACUGGGUCAUGAUUACAAUAUUGAUUCCCAAGCCAUUAGGAGGGCUGCAGUGUUGCAUUAUAAUGGUAAUAUGAAACCGUGGCUUGAGCUGGGGAUUCCAAAAUAUAAAGGGUACUGGAAGAAGUUUCUAAAGCAAGAGGACCAGUUCAUGAGUGAAUGCAAUGUGAACCCCUAGUAAACCACUCAUCUGAGUUGUGCCGUCACCCAGAAUCAGGGAAGUUGUGGGUUCAGCAAGAAGAAUGAUGAACUUGGUGUUCACUAUUUCAUUUGUGUGU